CAGUUUGGGUUUUAUGGAAUUCUUGCCACGUUGACUCAUCUGCUAGGGAACGUCUUGCAUGUGGCAGAGGAUUCUGGGAAAUAUUCCAAGGCAGUCUCUCCCUUUAUGAAGGAUGCGGGCCAGUCUUGUUACAGGUCAACUUUGCACUACCUGAAGUGAGGGUGUGCUCUUUGAGCAGACUCAGCACUCCCCUUCACUGACACCUUUCAGUUUCAAAAUAGAAAGUGGUGAAGGAAGUGUCCCUCCCAAAUUUGGGUUUAUCUCCAGAUGGUAGACCUGUUCUUUGAUUCUAGUUAAGUCUUUUAUUAUUGUAUUUAGAAUAUUUACUUUUCCAUCAGCUUUCACAUAAAUACCUAGGGACAUUCAUGCAACCAAUCAUGUGCUUUUAUGAGUAUUUGAAGUACAGCCUUUCCUUCGUCAUCUGUACUUUAUGCAUGUCUAAAAGGUUGAAAUUUCUUCCUCCUUUCCCCUGCCUCUGACCUGACAAAGCUUCAUAUAAUAAUUAAGGCAGCCAACUUGGGAGUCAGGCUUGCCUGUGGAAAGAGUUAUCCAUCACCUCAAAAAGACUGAACCUGGGUCUACCACAAGAUGGGAUUUGUCACCUCCUUCGCCUGUUGUCUUCUUGGAGUCCUGGUCUCCAGUUCUUUUCCAGGAGCCAAGGCCCUGUCCUGUCCUGAUGGUUGGCUGCAAAACCAGGGUAAUUGCUAUGGAUAUUUUGAUACCAAGUUGUCAUGGAGAGAUGCUGAGACUGCAUGCCAUAGCUAUGGCCAUAGGGCCCACCUUGCCUCUAUCCUUAAUGUGGAUGAGACAGCCCUGAUUGCCAAGCACAUCUCCGCGUCCCAGCAAGAACAAAGCAACGUAUGGAUUGGGCUUCAUUACAAUGGGCGUUGGAGGUGGCCUGAUGGAUCAGUCUACAGGUUUGACGAAGGUUACAAAUCCUGGUACCCAACCACACCAGACGACUGGGCCCCUUAUGAGCAUUGUGUGGAGCUCCUAUAUUUCCCAGAAACCGUUUACAGUUUUGUGAAAUGGAAUGAUAGAAACUGCAACCAACUCAACAGCUACAUCUGCAAGAAAAAACUCUAAGACAGCAACUGUCAUUCCCAACUGUGCCUUCUGUGAUUGAUGGACAGCUCUCUGGAAUCAUUACCUCCUCUCCAAUCCCUCAAUGAUCAACUCUCAUCCAUUAUUUCCAAAAUAGGCUUCAAUACAAUGUAAUCCUAAUAAUCUCUUAUGCAUAUAUUUCUUGUCAUGAUUCUGUCCUUCUCAUCCCAUCAGUCCUUACAGCACCAAUUCUCAGAGCACAAAUUUCAUGAUGAGGAGGCACUCCUUGCAUGAGAGUCCCAGGAACAGGGGGGUGCUGUGUCUAACUCUCACUGUGUCUAGCACUGCUGUUCACAACACACAAGGCACUCAAAUCCAGAUGUCACCACAAAUUUCAUCCCCAAACAAACACCUUUCCUUAGAGCUGCUCAGCGCAGCUGAUAUGAAAUCCAGAAUUUUAGAAGCCACAAAAUAAGGACAGGGGAAGAAGAAGAUUUUGGAUUUAAUAUCCCACUUUAUCACUACCCGAAGGAGUCUCAAAGCGGCUCACAUUUUCUUUUCCCUUCCUCCCCCACAACAAACACUCUGUGAGGUGAGUGGGGCUGAGAGACUUCAGAGAAGUGUGACUAGCCCAAGGUCACCCAGCAG